AUGUCAUCCAUGCUGGUUUAUUCUGUCCAACAAAGGUUGAAUCUCCGGGCGUAUGGGGGUGCCAUUGAGGAUGUGAAGAGAUUGAAGCCCUCCACAUCGGACACCCCGCUGGAGGUGCUAAGAAGACGUUUCCAUGAAGAUGGAGUUCUUUGGGUGAAAGGCCUCAUUAGCCGGGACUUGGUGAACAAAUGCCGUCGGGACUACCUGGAGUUCGUUAACCAGGGAUCUGGCAUGCUGAAGCCCGGCACUGAUCCCCAAGACGGUAUCUUCUCCGGGAACGAUUGGAGAAAUUUCAUUCUUCCAGGCGGUACCCGUCUCGCAUUAGGUCUCGAGGAUGAAGGACCCUUCGUCGAGAACACGGUGAAAAGCCAUGUCGCACCGUUUUAUCUGCUUUUCAAGGACGAAAUUGCCAAGCAAAUGGAAGCUUUUGUGGGGAAACUCUUCGAUUUUGAGGAUCCCUGGUGCUUACCUCGCUCACUGUUGCGGUGCGCAGUUCCUGGCGCAGAAUCAACACCGGUUCACUAUGACCAGAUCUUCCUCAGGGCUGGGCCCCCAACCAGUGUCACCGCUUGGGUGCCUAUUGGUGAUAUCGAGAAGAACGGUGGCGGGUUGAUGUAUCUCGAUCAUUCACAUGACAUUGGGAAGAAGUAUGAAGAAGACUUUACGCGCCUCAGCAUGGACUUGAGUGACGAGGAAAAAGUAUCUCAUGUCAAUCGAAACAUGAAUGCGGGAGGCUGGUUAGACAGGAAUUCAUCGCAGUUUGGGAAAAACUGGGGCCGGGACUGGCUGGUGGGUGAAUACGAAGCUGGGGAUGUCGUUUUCCACAACCCAUACAUGAUCCAUGCUGGACCCAUCAACGAGUCGCCCAAGGGUCGGAUUCGAGUAUCAACUGAUCUACGGUUUGUCGACAAAUCGAUGCCCUUUGAUGAACGAUGGACUUUCCCUGCCUUCAGUGAAAGCGAUCCUAACCUAGCGCGCAAACUGAAGCCGUCCGCCUAA